GCUAUCACCGAUUAUCCCAGUUUCGACUCACGAAAACAUUUAAAUCGGACGAAAUUCAAGAUAAUGAGCGAUUUGUCGGGGAAAAUAUAGAUAGAGAGUGGAUGCGAUUCAAUGGGAGUGAAUCGUCUGAAAAAAUUGUGAAAAAUGAAGAACGACUUGCCAAUGAUGAAACUUGUAGUCAAAAUUGCUCCGACGAUCAAUGUCAAUAUUCAUCGUGUCCAACUCAUUCAUUCAUCUCAUCUACUACAGAAUCCCGGGUAAUUCAAAAAAAGGAGAAACCAGAAUUAAAGUUUGGUGUUAAAGCAAUUCUAGCCGAUGAUAAUGAAAAACGUCGAAAUACAGAAAAUCUACCAGUACUCCAAAUACUACCGAGCUACAAUCAUAGUCUGCAAAGUUCACCGACUAUUCAGAGUGGAUAUGUGUCAGGAAUAGCUAAACCAAUAGCACGACCAACGGCCUAUCACCCUCAUCAUCCACCCCAUCCGACACAUCAACCGGGACCGCCGGCACAACAUCCUUUCCCACCACACGCACAUCAUACGCUGCAAUUGUUGGCUUGUCGUGGACCCUACCUAACAGUGAGUAAUCCUGCUAAUGGUGGUCAUCUCUCUGCAAAUUCUGCUGUGGGGGCCGGUAUCUUUUCAAGUACGAUACAACCAGGUCUUGGUGACCUCGCGAGUCUAAAUGCAGCAUGUUUUCCCUGGGCAGCUAGUACACGUGGACGACCUAGGAAAGGAAUGAUGAGAAGAGCCGUUUUUUCAGACACCCAAAGACGAGGACUCGAAAGACGAUUUCAAUUACAGAAAUAUAUCAGCAAACCAGAUCGUAAGAAACUUGCAGAACGACUCGGGCUCAAAGAUUCACAGGUGAAGAUUUGGUUUCAAAAUCGGCGAAUGAAAUGGCGAAAUAAUAAAGAACGAGAAUUAAUGGCUUCUGGUGGAUCGCGGGAGCAAACAUUGCCGAAUAAAAAUAAUCCAAAUCCAGAUUUGAGCGAUACUGACAACGAUCGAUCAAGUAGAUUAGAUUUGAGUAGUGAUGUGUCUACAUUUAAUAGUUUGACAGACCUCACCGAUAAUGAAGAAAAUGAAGAAAUACACGUUACGUGAUAAAAGUUCCUAAAAGCCGAUACAUAACAGAAUUAUUUCCUGCACAUUAUUCUUUGCCCAAUGCACAAAUUUUUGUGGGCAAUGGACGAUAUAAUUCAUUUUUUCAAGGUCCCGUACGUAUAAUUUAUGAAAAUGGAACAAAUGAAAUGAAUAAAGCCAAAUAACUGAAAUGUAAUAUAUUGUAAUUAGCGAUCGAUGUAUUUGAUUAUGAAAGGCUCUUAAUUUGUCAUUGAUGAAUGGAUAUAUCUGAAAGGUAAAAUUUGGUAUGAAUGGAGUCAUAAAACUAAUCGAUAAUGUUUUUUUGUUGUUGAAAAGGGAAUUGAUAAAGAUACCAAAUUCA